AUGGGAUCCUCAUCAAGUUUUGCCAAGACCAUUAUAAUCCCUGCUUCAAUAGCAUUGAUCGUGUAUCUUCUCUUCUCAUUCCUGAUCAUCCCCUUCUUCCGCCGCUAUCACCAACGCUACUCCCAAUAUCUCCCCCUCCACGCCAUCUCUGCGCACACACUUUCCCUGCGCGAUCGCAUCGCCGACAUAGUCAUGCGCUUCUUUCUCCCCUCGUCCUGGCAGCCGGGCGCCCACCUAGCAGACCACGACAAUAUCAGCAUCGACGAGGAGGAGGGCGAGCUCAUGGUCGGGAUGAACAUGGACGAGGCGCGGAGGGAAGCACUUGAGCGUCGGCGCAGUACGGCCGCAGAGGCGGAGGACCGACUCAGUCGAGACUUGGAGGAGGGGUUUAUGGAUGAUAGCGACGAGGAGGGAGACGGGCAUCGGCAUUGA